CAAUGAGCGGGUGUGUUGUUGAACAGUCCGUCGGUUUGAAACGGCAAACCAAGCGUUUUCAACUGUCGAGGGGGAAACAUAGAAGAGAAGCAGCGUGUGUGUGUGUUGUUGACACAUUUAUUUUUUUGAAAAAAGCAGAUGUCCUCAGACGAAGAGGAACGAACCAGUCCUGUUCUGCCCAAAGACUCGGACCGUGGCAGCUCUGUGUCCUCUGAGCUUCAGGAUGAGUAUGAGGAGCUCCUCCGCUAUGCUGUGGUCACUUCUAAGUAUGACACACUACCCAGUUCUCACCUACAGCAGCUGACCACCUUGCACAUGUCCGCAGAGGGCAGCAGUUCCCAGAGAAGAGAUGGCACAAAAUCACAACACCGCACAGAUAUGACCUCUGCGGCUAAAGAUGGGGGACAUUCUAGCAAGACUGAGAGAUCCUCACAGACUUACCCCUUAAUUGUUGAGCCUGUCGCUCAUUCAAGAGCCUCUCAUAUGGAGGAGGUGUCACACAGCAGACUGUCUGUGCUCACAGACACUCCCUUAGGUGGGUUGCAGACCCCGACUGAGAGGUCAAGGCCAAACAGCCCUGACCCCCUCACGUCCACUGUGAUGGAGAUGUUUGUCUCGGAGGAGAACAUGAGUAAGAUGGAGGACAUUCUGGACACAUGGAGCAACAAUCUGAAGUCAAACGUGCUGAGCGAGCUACAGAAGUGGAAGCUGUCCUUUACGGAGCGACACAAACUGGAGAUGAGGAAAGAGAAGGAGCGGUGUGCAACCCGAGCAGCUGGUCUGAAGGCGGAGCUAGACGGCCUGAAGGGGCUGCUCCACACCUAUGAGACUUCCAACCAGAGAAAAGACGAGGUGAUCAUGAACCUGAGUCAGGUGUUAAACAGACAAAAAGAGAGGCUUGAAAAGAUGAGGGCCUUCAACCACUGGAGACUUCAGCACACCGAGGCCAAAGAAGAGGCUCAUGCUGCUCGACUAGCACAGCAGCACUACAAUCUGCAGCUGAAGAAGAAGGUGUGGUCAGGCUGGCACUCUCUGGUCCAGAGACACUGGAAGGUCAAGGUGGAGGAGGCUUGUCGUGCGAGAGCUGAAGAGGUCUGCGCUCACCUGUCCACAGACUAUGAGGCCAGGUUGGCAGAGCACUGCGAGGCCAUAGAGAAAGCCCAGGCAGAGAUUCAGAGGCUUCGGUUGGAGCGCGAGCGUUACGAGGAGUCGAUGAAGAAAGCCUUCAUGAGGGGAGUGUGUGCCCUCAACAUGGAAGCUCUCAGCAUGUUCCAGAGUACAGAUGCGCAGCCAGAGCAUCCUCCAAAUCACGAUCAGCACGAUCCUCCGUCUCCUCAGGAUGAUCCUGGCUCUGCUCCGAUGGGCCAACCUCAACCACGUCCCUUCUCCUCCACACGGUUCAGUCCAGUCCACUUUGACCACAUUCCCCCCCACGGUGAAGCUGAGCAUAUGCUGGGCACUGGUGUCCCGAUGUCCAGAGCAGACCUUCUCCCCUCCACCUCGGUGAUGCACAGCUCACUACCACCCGGGGGCACUGCAAGUUCCCACAAACAGGUCGGUGGUCGCGUCAUAACAGCGAGUCAACAAAAACCCUCAAAGACAGUAACGGCUCGUGUCACUAUGCGACCUGACGUGGGCAAAGCUCCCCGCAGCAACCUCCAGGUAAUGGGCGUGGCUCCGCCCAUGAGCUCUGUGGUCAUAGAGCGUCAUCAUCCGGUUACACAGCUCACCAUCGGUCCGGCCACGGCUGCUAAGUUUCCCCGCUCCUCUCAACAGGUCCACAGCUCGGCCAGAGGCAGAGGCUCCUCCAGAGCGCCAGCCACCAGCACGUGUCAAGUACACUCCAUCAAAGUCAUUGAGUGACUUCACACUCGUAUCUCAGGAAAUGGUGCUCAUGUAGACUAGAUGUACAACAAUGGUAGAAGUAGUUUUGAACCCUGAUUUCAGGAGUUUCAUUUUUACCCCGGAAUUGUUAUUAUGUUCUCUAUUUUAAGUGAACAAAAUAAUUUUUUUCUCAGAAAAGUAGACACACAGAAGGGUAGAUUUGUAAAAAUUUUAUUUGCGAAUUGCAAAAAAUGUAUUACUAUAAAGAGUUUUACUUAGGCCGUCAUGUGUAAAACCACAUAUUUUAAAUGUUUGUGCAACUGUUUUCUACUGAAACCGUCCGUUUCACUAAACUAAAGCCAUAUGUCACAACUAUUUGAUGCACAAUUUUAUUUUUAAAAUAAAUUAUUUUACUGCUAACUUUCCUGUA